AUGCGUUUACAUCAACUGUACCCUGACCCCGCCAAAGAGGAAGCGACUCUAGGCCAUACAGCCAAGAUUGACAUCAUCGCAGUCCAUGGCCUUAAUCCUCGAAGCAAAAAGGAUGCCGAUCACGCGUGGGAUACAUGGCGCACGCCUAAAGGACCGAAGGGUCGCCUCUGGCUCCGUGAUGACCUUCCGCGAACGUUUCCCGAAUCGCGCAUCUUUCUUUUCGAAUACAACUCGACAGUGGUCUUUGGCAAGGACCAGGGCACCUUUGUUGACAAGGCCAAUGGAUUGCUCGAAGAGAUCCGGGUAGAGCGAGUGAACACAGAACCCCGGCCAAUCUUGCUUCUCGGCUACAGCAUGGGUGGUCUGCUGAUCAAGCAGGCGUUGAUUAAUGCGCACAAUAACCCGAAGUAUACGCCGAUCAAGGAUGCAACAAAGGGAUUGGCAUUCUUUGCCACACCGCACGACGGUGGCGACGCCAGGUUGCUCAGCCGUGGGGGGCUGGCAAGCAAUAUUGCCAGGUCUCUCGGAUUCCAGAAGAACGGGAGCAUCUUCUCAGAUCUUAUGCAAGAACAUUGGAAGCACCAACUGCUGGAGUACAAAAUUGUUUCCUUCUGGGGAUCGAAGGAUACUACUGUCCCAAGAAAGAGUUCACGAUUCAACUUGCCGGGCACAAUUGAAAGCUUUGUGCAGCUUGAGGGAAACCAUAGUGAAGUAUGCAAAUUUGGUCUAGACGACAAGGGCCGGCAUAAUUUGAAGCUGGUGCGAGACUAUAUUAGAGAACUGCAUGAUGCUGCACUUGAGGAGUAUCACCCACAGAGCGAGAAAGAUCAGCCAAUUCUUCGUUGGCUCACAGAGGUUGAUUAUGCUUCCCAGCAAUGCUAUUUCUUUAAUCGCCGACAAGAAGGAACAGGGGAAUGGCUUCUUGGCUCGAGAGAAUUCAAAACAUGGAGAGAUAACGCAAAACAGUCGCUAUUCUGCCCGGGGAUUCCCGGUGCCGGAAAGACAAUUCUCACAUCUAUCGUGAUCGACCAUCUCCAAACGUCAUUUCGGAACAGGAAUACCGGCAUCGCAUAUAUUUAUUGCAGCUUUAGGCCCCAGCAUGAACAGAAGACGGAAGAUCACCUUGCAAGUCUGCUCAAGCAGCUAUGUAAAGGUCAAUCCAGUCUACCACACGGAGUCGGGUCUCUUCACGACACCUUCAAGAGAAAGCAAACUCGUCCGUCAGUGGAUGAACUGUCAAAGAAUCUUCAGUCUGUAGCCUUUCUGUAUUCAAAGGUUUUUAUCAUCGUCGACGCGCUUGACGAAUGGCAAGACGAUCAAUUACGAGAUGAGAUUAAGACAACAAUCUCGGAUGCUGUUGACGGAAUGUUCCUUUUAGCCCAGCCUUACCUCAAGUUGCUUAAGGGCCAGGCUACGCUAACGGCUGUCCGGAGUGUUCUGAAAGAGCUCCAGAGGCAGAGCCCGGAGUUGAAUAUGGACAGCAAGCGGGAUGUUCUGUAUAAAGUAUAUAACGGAGCGAUGGAGAGGAUCAACCAGCAAGUACCCAGCUUUCAACAGCGUGCUGCAAAAGCUCUGUCAUGGAUCACGUGCGCCCGAAGAGCUCUCACCACAGUAGAACUUCUGCAGGCUCUCGCUGUGAAGCCUAAGGAUAUCAAGAUUGAUGAGGGUAGUUUUGAAAAGAUUGACAAGAUAAUUUCGGUAUGCGCGGGCAUGGUCACUGUUGACGAAGCGAGCAAUAUCAUCGGGCUUGCCCACUACAUUACACAGGAAUAUCUGGAGCGAACACGGAAUCAUUGGCUCCCGAACGCUGAGGCCGAUAUCGCAAACACCUGCAUUACCUACCUAUCGUUUUCAGCUUUUGAGAACGGGGCCUGUCGAAAUGAUGAUGAGUUCGACAAACGUUUACAGUCACAUCCAUUCUACGAUUACGCUGCGCGCAACUGGGGCUACCAUGCUCAAGCGGCCCCCGCUUUGCCAGAUUGCGUUCUGAAUUUCUCAAGAAACACGCGCAAUCAAAUGUUUCCGACAAUGACUGAACUUCAUCUAACGUCGUACUUCGGGAUAGAGGAGGCCGUUCGAGUCCUGCUUGGUAUUCAUAAACCAGAUCUGAAGGAUAGUUGCGGUAGAACACCACUUAGCUAUGCCGCCCAGAAAGGGCACACGGCAGUGGUCACUCAGCUACUUGCCAAUCACGUCCCACAACCCAGAUUUAUCAAACUGUUCACGUACGACGCCACUAUUGAUACGAAGGAUGUCUCGAAUACCACGCCUUUGGCCUACGCCGCGUUGAACGGACAUACGGCGAUCAUCAUGCAACUUCUCGCGAAGGGAGCCGCUAUCGAAAUUCAAAAUGAUUUUGGUAGAACACCCCUCAUGCACGCCGCAGUCCGUGGACACCAGGCCGUCCUCACGCAGCUUCUCGCAAACGGUGCCGCUAUUGAGGCUAAAGAUCAAUGGGGUCAAACGCCGCUCAUUCACGCCGCCAGAAACGGACAGACAGCCGUCUUCACGGAGCUUCUCGCGAAGGGCGCCGAUGCCGAGGCCACAGAUUCGACGGGUGAAACACCGCUCAUCGCGGCCUGGUAUAGGCCUAUGGAUACCCUUACUGAGACAGAGUUUUGGAGGAUUGUCAUGGGUGGCAGUGAUAGCCGGUUGAAUGGCGCUAGUACGACAUUUGACAAACUACUAGACAAGUUACUAUUAGCAUUCUAA